AUCGAUCGCCGAUGUAAUUAUUAUUAUAUACACAAGUACAAUGUAGACACAUUUAUAUUUAUAAUCAGUGCAAUAGAAAUCCAUUAGCAACUAUCAGUGUUACAUCAAAUUGACGCAUUAAAUGUUACAUUAAUGUUAAAUAUUGUAUUUGUUUAAUACUCGUUGAUACUAAUGAGGGAAAGGUGAUAACUGAGUGAGAAAGUAUGAAAAAUUUGGUGAUUUUUUCAAUUUUUUUGUUGGUAUUAAUAUUACCAGCAGUAAAAAAUGACUUUUUGAACCGUCCAAAUCAUAUUUAUGAAAAAAUUAUUCGGAGUAUUCAUAGAUAUUAUAAUAAUACGUGUAUUAUAUUGAUACACGCAACUUUAGAACCAGUAGAGCCUAAAGUUGGGAUAGAAGAACAUACAAGGUUAAAAAAUCUCCAAGCAUACUUCAGUAGAGCUGGCAUUCGUACAGUUAUAAUGAAUAUUAAAACAUUUAUUACAGAGAUUGGCGGCAGUUAUUACCACAUCAAGAGACCUCUAUUUGUUCUUUUAAACGACUCAGAUGAAUUGAGAGAUCAGUUUGCAACUUUAUUAGCGCCGUGGAUAGACAUGGCGUACCCAACAUGGUUGACAUUUUUCAAUGACGAAACGUCGAUCUACGAUUACUUCCGCGACAUUUACAUACCCUUCGACUGUAACUUUAUGAUAUCGAAAAGAAAUUUGGAAAUUAAUUAUGAAGCAGAAAUCAUCACAGAAGUCUAUCAAGUUUACAGAGGACUUGAAUUGAGACACGGUAUUUUCGCGACCUGGAAUAUUGUAUCAGGUGUUGAGUACACUAAGUACAGUUUGUAUCAACGAAGAAGCGAUUUACAUGGCCAUACAUUGCGAGUUAUAUCUCUAGAGGAUCCGCCAUUCUCAGAAAUAAUUCGUGAUAAAAAUAACAAUGUGAUAGGACUAAGAGGAUUCUUCGGUGGUAUAAUGGAUUUAUUAAAAGAAAGUUUAAAUUGCACGUUAACAUAUCAAACAUCAAAUGAAUGGGGCUAUUUGUUAGAGAACGGUACUUGGACCGGCGCAAUGAAUACAUUAAUUAAUAAUGAAACAGAUAUAUUUGCUGCUGAAUUAUUUAUGACAAGAGAUAGGUUGGAUUCAUUAAAAUUUACUACUCCACUUUAUUCAACCAAGUCUCGAGUAUUCAUAAAAAAACCAGCAUCUUCAAUGCUGAGUUGGGACAAAUACAUAACACCAUUUACCACCGGCAUUUGGAGUGCUCUGGGUAUAAUUAUUUUAGUAAGCAGCGCAUCGAUAACAAUAAUGAAAUCAAUAGCUGUUGUUAUUCAUUUAAAGAAUGUUGAAGACGAUAAAGCAGAUUCAAAAUUUUGGGAUGUCGUUUUUUCUAUUUUUGGAGCUUUAUGCAGUCAAGGAAUGGAAUUAUCAUUAUUAAAUCCAAUACGGAUCGUACAAUUUUCAAUCCAUGUGACAGCUGUAGUAGUUUUAGCAGCCUACUCAGCAGCACUAAUAAGCUCUUUAGCUGUUAAAGUAUUUGUGUUACCUUUCACGACCAUGGAAGGAUUAUUAGAAGAUCGCACAUAUCGUUUUGGUGUUUUGGAUGCUUCUGCUGAUUAUACCUUUUUUCAGAAUACAACAGAUCCAAUAAUGGGAGUGUUAUAUGACGAAGUACUAGUAAAAGAAACAGAAUUACCAUCUAAUUAUUUAGAAGGACUAACAAAAGUAUGCAGCGAAGAAAAGUAUGCAUUUAUGUCACUGGAUGCUGCAGUAUCGCAAUUAAAAUCUUCAGUCGACUGUACUUUAGUUCCAUUAGAUACAAUUUCACAAGCUUCUAUUGGCAUGGCUCUGGGACCCGAUUGUCCUUUCCGUGGCAUUAUUAAUAAUAACAUACUUUUAUUGAGAGAUAGCGGACUUUUGAAUAAAUUACUUCAUUCUGAUUGGGCGUUACCUGGUGACAAUAUCAAAAGUGAAUGGGCGACUGUAGAGCUAAAUGACGUAUUACCUCUGAUAGUAGUUUUAAUUGUCAGCAAUUUUGUAAGUGUUUUUAUGAUGUGUGGUGAGAAGCUGAUGCAGCUCAAAUUGGCGCGGAAUCGCGGGAAGAAAAUUGUUAAGUUUGUCAAAGGUGUUAAAUUAUCGCCGAAAAAUAAUAACACAAUCAAGUGAUACUUAAAAUUAUUGUUAAUUAUUUAAUAUUGAAUUGAUGGAAAUGAAUGUACUA